AUGGAGUGUUCCACAAAUCUUCUACAAGCGGCCUUUUUUUCCGCUGAGGAGAAAGUGCAGUUGAUAAGUGGUAAUUGCCCACGGCAUAUUACUAAAGAAAGACUCAAAGAGUGGUUGUCAUUCCACAAAGGGACGGCUAAAGAUGGUAGUGCACGGUCUGAAGCAACGAAGGCUGAGUUAACUCAAAGGUACACAGAUUGCAAUAUUUUUUGUCCCUUAUAAUUAUUGCCAUUGCUUGAAGGGAAUAUCGAAGCAUAAGUUCUAUAUCGAUUUGUUUUACCUGCCGCAGGGUCAUCAGUUAUAAAAAAAAUGGUUGGGAGAAUAAUUUUACGGAGAAGUGGC